AUGUCUUCAAAAGUCAUCCUCAUUACCGGUGGCACCAGUGGUCUUGGUCUUGCUGCUGCCCGUGAAUGUCUCACAAAAGGCCACACGGUUGUCAUUACUGGCAGAAAUGAAGCCAGCCUAAAGAAGGCAUCGAAACAAAUUCUCAAAAACCUGGAUCUCACUAAUAAACUAUACACAAUCCUCUUGGAUCUCAACAACCUUCAGUCUGUUCGUGAAGCCGCUGAGCAGUUCAAGGCUCUCAAAUUGCCACUCAAUGUGCUCAUUAACAAUGCAGGACUCACAACACCGACAUUGGAAUUCUCAUCAGACUGUGAACGCGUUGAAAAAACAAUAUUUGUCAAUGCAAUUUCCCCUCUGUACUUUACCCAUCUACUGUUUCCUUUGUUUGACAAGACUAGUCGUGGACGGAUCAUAUGGAUCUCUUCAUCCUUGCACGAUCCCAAGAUUUCUGGAGGCAGAGUCAGCGCUCUCUCUGCGAUGCCUGAAACCGUCGAUUUCGACAAUCUCGAUGGUCAUAUCGUUUGGGACAGCAUGCUUUUUUACAAGCUAUCCAAACUGGGUAAUGUCUGGAUCUCAAACAUCUUGAAUGAACAGCUGCUACUUUCAGAAGACAACAAUAAUGUUUCUACAAUUGCUAUUUGCCCAGGAUUUGUUCCAACUACUGCACUGAGUCGCAAUUCACCUUGGAUACUACAGAUGGGGCUUCGGUACGUUUUGUCUCUUAUGAGCUUCACAACAUCGGAAGCACAGGCCGCAGCAGACUAUGAAUAUUAUGCAACUACCCCCGAUCUUGAAGCCGUUUCAGGCAAGUUUUUGAAAAAGCGAGAACUGUCAGAGGGAUCAGAGGAAUCAAAGGAUCUUACAAAGGCAAAGCGAUUCUGGGAUCUGGCGUGUGAAAUUACUGGAAUCCCAAAAAAUGCAAAAUGGACAAACUAG